AUGAGCACAGGCCUGCGGCACAAGAGCAAGCUGGCGACCCCAGAGGACAAGCAGGUACGCGUGCGCCGCCGCUCCCCCAGCCCGCUGUCACCCAUUGUGCCAACAACACCGCGGCGCCCCGGCGCGACCCCGCCCCCGCCCGCCGUCAUCCCACCCUGUCGUGAUAGCCGAUCGUCAGCCGGGUGCUGCGGGGCAGAGGGGGCGCGGUGCCCUGGUCCUGGAUCCUAA